AAUUAUAUUUCCUUUCUUAUAGAUAGUUGGAAAUUGUUUCAAAUGACAAUAUUAUGACGAAUUUGAGAUGGCUUUUACUAAUUUUAUAUGGAUUUACUUUCGUGGAAUCCUCUACUCUUCCUCGAUAUUAUGACACGGACAUGUACAGCGAUUGCUUUCAAAAUGCACCAGGAUGGUAUCAUCUCACAGCCACGUGUAUUUUUCCAUUGACUCAAUUCGAACGAAACUAUUCGACAGCUACUCAAAUGUGUGGAGCAGUCAGUCACAGUAUAGGAUAUCGAGAAACCAAUUGGCUCAUAGCUUCACUUCUUCUCGAACUUUUCUCAAAUCAAAACAAUAAGAAUCUGAUGAAACUUUAUUGGACGGGAUUGCAAAUAAAAGAUGAAACAAUGAUUGGAGUAAAAUCUGAAGAUGUUUCUGAAACUAUCACUGAUUUUACUUCAAUAUAUAAUCCAUUAUGGGCAGAAGGGCAGCCACCAGAAGAUAUUCCAUCCGACCAAUUUCCCAAUUACUGCAUUGCGCUUGAUCUUCGAAAUUCUUCAUUUUUCGGAUGGAGAGCUGUCCCCUGUACUCGACAACUUCCAAUCCUCUGCCAAAAUUACGCAUGUCUUUCCGGAACUUUUCGAUGUGCUGACAAUUCAAAAUGUAUUCCUGCAUCUCUGAAGGAUGAUGGAUUCAAGGAUUGUCAGGAUGGUUCGGAUGAAUCAGAAGCAUUGACAUUUCCAGUCUCAUCACCAUCAUCCUCAAUUGUUUCAAACUUUGUUCAGCGGCAAAAUCCAAUAUAUGAUUGGCCAAUGAUAGUAUCAAAUGGAGGUGUAUUGUCACCAACUACUAUAAGAUAUGGAAUUGGGGAAUGCACUCACCGAUGGAUCGUACUAUCUCCCAACGGUCGAGAUUUUGUUUUAUGGAUAAAAUGGAUGUCUUCUACAACUUCCACUACAAUUUUCGUCGAAGGAAAAGAUCAAAAUGGGCGAAUUGUAGUGAAUUCAAGAAAUGCCACGUCAUCAAUAAUGAUUUUGUCUUCGUCAUUUGUCCUCACUGCAUCAGACACAGACACGAGAAAAACCGAAUUUCAAAUUUAUUAUCAAGAAGCUGAUGCUUCUCUUUGCAAUAUAUCCGAUUCAAAUCAAUUAAUUUUCAAUUCCGAAUCCAUCCCAAUCCCCUGCCAUUACACUUUCAAAACUCAACAUUUCAAUUCAUACAUAGCAGUUUUAGUACAAAAAUGUGAAGGACUGAACCCUGCUACAAUUCAAUACAACAACUCUACCGUAAUCCUUCCUCCGAGUUCUUUCAAAAAAUUAAUGGUUAUUCCUGCAAGUUCAUUAGACGUCCAUGUUGACACUACAUGGCCUGGUAGUGAAACUAAAUUAGAAAUUCAAUUUUUCGAACUGAAACCUGGAUCUGAAAGUGUUGACGUGUUCUUGAUAGAUUCUGAUUUGGAAAUAGAAUGGAUUUCAAAAUCAACUGAAACUUGUAUGGAAGGAGAAUUUCGAACUUUGACAGUUAACAUGAUUAUGACGUCAUCUUCUAAUUCUGCUGCAGAACAUUUCGAAUCAACGUGGAAUGUUCAGGGGUUUCGGAAAAGUUGCAGCGAGGACAAUGUUCAGAUAGUGUCAAAAAACCAGUCAACCUAUGUGACAAAUUUGGGAGUUCUCACAGGAUUUGGACCAACUACAGUGGUAAUACAUCAAUCUGCAGAACCAUUUGAAUUUCAUUCGAUUUAUAAAAUUAACCACAAUGACGUCAUAACAACAACUCCUGGAAGAAUUUUAGAUGAAAGUGAAAUUGAUCAGGAACAACCAACUACUGAUCCAAUUAUAACCCCGACUACUUCAAGUCCUAAUUGGGAUGGCGUUCUUUGCAAACUCCCAACAGUUGUGGAUGGUUACAUUAUCAAUGUUUUUCUUCGUUACAUUCUUGGAUCAAAAGUUGUAAUCGAUUGUUCUCAAGGAUUUGCUCUAAGCAGUCUUCCAUAUAUCAUACAAUGUAAUUCCAAUGGUCAAUGGGUUGAUGAGGACGGAAAAACAUUCGAUGCAGACCAUCCAACAGUUGAAUGCUAUCAAAUUGAUUGCUCAAACAAAACACCUGUUGAAAACAAAUAUGAGCUAACUCCAGACAACAAUCAUACCAGCUAUGGAACAAUGAGAAAAUAUCAGAAUCUUACGAAUUUUGGAUUUGGAGCAUUUUGUGUUUGUGGGGAUGAAAGGAGCCAACCAGAUGAAUGGAUAUGCUAUAAUACAGAAGGAUUGAUGACUAAUCCUAUAAAUAACGCAUGUAUGCUGCCUGAAGCUCAAGAUGCAUUGUUUGUGAAACAGGAUCCAACGGAUGGUUAUGUUUUUCCAACUGGAUAUAUGAUUCAAAUGACAUGCAUGAUAUGCCCUUCAUUAAUCAAAUACUACACAUGUGAAUUUGGAUUAUGGAAAACAUCUGAUGGAUCCAUCCAGCCAUAUGAUACAUUUGAAUGUGAUUGUACCACUGAUCCAAAUUUCAUUGAUCCAUGUCUGCCUCAUGGAUAUUAUGUUCAACAUAACGGAUUUUAUAGUUGCCAGUGCGACGUUGGAUAUAAAUAUGUCUUAUUGGAUUCUAACGUGGGAAAAUGUGUUGAUCGUGAUGAGUGCGAGGAAAAAUCAGAUUAUUGUGACUCGUUUGCAACAUGUAACAAUACAGAUGGUGGUUUUGAAUGUCAUUGUCCAGUUGGUUAUCAUCUAUACAAUGCUAAUUCCCCUGAUCUUUCAACUUGGGCAAGAAUUUAUGAUGAUUUGAUUGAUGGAUAUAGUUGUGUUGAAACAGUAUGCAAAUAUGAUAUAAAUUGGGCUGUGUAUGGGCUAGAUGUAAUCGCCCCACCAGUGUAUCCACAGAUUUAUCGAAGCGGUGAUUACAUGGAUUAUCUUUAUGCAAAUGAUCUUUGUAGUUCCAAAGGGUUUCCAUGCGUUUUCCAAUUUCAAGAAUAUUGUCUUGGGGAGAACCUAUGUCCGUUUCCCAAUCCAGUUGCAGCAUGUCCAGCUCUUGAUUCAACAAUUUAUACGUAUAAAAUUGAAGCCAGUCCAUCAUUUCAUGUCUUUCAAAUAAUUGAUGUUGAAUGUGUCAAUUCAGCAAUGUUGAUGAUUGGUCGUCCCAGAGUGUUCUGUACCUCGGAAUCAAAAUGGGAUAUGUUGCCGAUUUGUAUUUAUCAAAGUUGCUCAGAUCCAAGGCAAUUUAUCAAACCGCCUUUGUUGAUUGAUCGUGUUGAUCGGCCACUAGGACAUGGAUUUGAGUAUCAGACUGUCAUUUAUUUUAAAUGUGAAAAUGGAUAUAUGCUGUCACCCGGUUCAGGUUCAGAAUCAAUAACUUGUAUACGUUAUGACGAUGAGUACCAGUGGAGUGACGCUAUUCCUGUUUGCAUUUCUACGACAACCCCUUCUUCAACACCUUCAUCGACAUCUUCACCAACUUUGCCUUCAGGUUCUUCUACAGAAUAUACCCCACGGGCAACACAAAGUUCCACAACGACAUCGUACGGUUCCACACUUUCAUCAGAUUUUUCUAAUUUUCACGAUGACGUUGUGAUUGAGGGAAGUAUGAUAUUCGAAGAAAUCAAUGCUUUGGAUCGCCAGGAGAUUUGGACGAAAACUGCUGAUUGGAUUUGGACACCAUCAGGAUGUAUAGUCCAUCAAUGGACAUAUCCUAUUUCUUUUAUGGUUACGUCUAUACCAAUUGUUCUUAAUUCUGAUCAAAUCGAACUUCUGAUUGAUGUUUCUCAAUGUAAUUCGAAUGUUCAAGUUGGAAUCGCAUCAUCUACAGAUGGAUUUAUUCCUCCUAUUUCUGAUUUUCGAACUGUUAUCAAUACCACUUCAUCGGGAAGUUUUGUCGUAAACCUAAGAAAUUUGAAAUCUCAUUUGGCAUUGUCAAUAUCAGCAAAUGGAUAUGUUCAAAUAUGUGGUGUUACGAUAAGAGAGAAAAUGUGUAAUGAAGUAGACUACAAUGGAUUGCAUUUGAAAUCUUCAGCUCCUUUUAAAAUGAGAAGGUAUUUGCCAGCUACGUGUGGACAGAGCAAAAGAAUAACUCAAGUUAACGGAUACUGUGACAAUCAAAGAGGGUGGGUAAUACAAAAUACACCAUGUCUAUGCAAUCCACAACCGCCGUGUCCAUCGACUGAACUUCUUCCCCAACGAGAUCAAAUUGGUGACUGCACUCUGAAUUCUUGUCAAAAUGGAGUUUGUCUGCAAAUGAACGGAAUGCAUGAUUGUGCUUGUAAUGAAUAUUUCAUUGUGGACAGAGAAAAUGGAACUCCAUUUUGCAAACCCAAUCAUUGUUUAUUCACCAACCAAACAAGGAAUAGUGGUUAUGAUUGUUCCACUGGCCGUGAAAAUGCCUUGUUUUUGUGUCCGAACCUGAAUGAAUUUGGCGACUUCUGUCAAUAUGAAGGACAGUUGUAUAACAAUUCGUAUACGUAUAUUCUUAGUGCAGGGAUAGAGAAUGCAAUCGCAACAAAUCUAUGUGAAAGUCUAGAUACCCUGUAUGCAGUUCCAAAUACAUUCUGUGUUCAAAACCCAACAUCAACGACACCUAGUAUACAUCGUUGUGAUUUUUGUUACGGUGGCGAAAACUGCGAAUUUCUCAAUCCACCGUAUCAAGGAGGAGCUUGGUGUAUUUGUGCUCAAGACUGGUAUGGUCGUCAAUGCGAUGUAAGCAAAUUUUGUUUCAAUGGGACUAACGAUAACUACAUUUGUCAAAAUGGAGGAAGAUGUAAUAAAGACCUCCGUCUGUGUGAAUGUCUAUCAAGUUUCACUGGAGCAUUUUGUGAAACAGCAAUUGAUGAAUCUAAUUGUGCUUUGGAUGAAAAGGAUUGCGUAUUCGGACUUUGUAGACGAGAAAAUGCUCAAGUGUACUGUAAUUGUUACGAUGGUUAUAUGAAGGAUUCUCUUGGAAACUGUACUCUUGCCUGGGACAUGUGCUCUUUGAAUAAUCCAUGCCAACAAAAUGGAUAUUGCAACUUCAAUCAAAAUAUUGGAGAUGAAAUAUGCGAUUGCACGUCGUCUGGGUGGCUAGGAGAUCAUUGUGAAAUUCAACCAAAGCUAGACAACUGCCUGUAUUGCCAAAACUCGGUGAAAUGUUUUGACACUUUUACUAAUUACUCGAGAUGCCAAUGUGCUCCAGGAUUCAGUGGAGACUAUUGUUCUGAUUUGAUUGACGAUUGCUUUUUCGAGCCAUGCUUCAAUGGUGGAACCUGUAGCAUUUUCAACUACAACACCACAACUAAAGUUUCAAUUGAAUCAUAUAAUUGCACAUGUCAAACAGGAUACUUUGGAACGAACUGUGAAUCAAGAAUUCAUCCAUCUUGUACUGACUUGAUAACGUGCCAAAAUGGUGGUACUUGCCAACUAACUUCAUUUGACACUGCAGUUUGUCAAUGCACUGAUCAGUUUUACGGAAUCUACUGCGAGAAAAGUUGUUCUGAACAAUGUGUUCAUUCCUCUGGAUGUAAGCAAUCUAGCAACGGAACUGUUUUUUGUGAGUGUUAUGAUGGAUUUACAUCUACACGUUGUGAUGAAGUUUGUGAUGUUUGCAAAGCAAAUAUACUUCUUUGUCAAAACUCUGGAACUUGCAAUUCAACAACACAAUCAUGUGAUUGCAUCGAUUACUUUUCGGGAACUUAUUGUGAGAGAAAUGAGAAUUUAUGUGAAACUAACUUGGUCGUCUGCAAAAACGGUGGAACUUGCAAUCCCAAAACUGGAUUGUGUGUUUGUUUACCCGAUUAUACCGGUGAUUAUUGUGAUAAUCAAAUUCAUAGUUGUAGUGAUAUUAACUGUUUCAACGGUGGAACGUGUAUUGAUUAUAACGCCACGUGUGCAUGCCUACCCGGUACAACAGGUGAUAGAUGUCAAUAUUUAGGGCAACCAUGUACAAUCUAUUUACCAAAUGGAACAGCUACCCCAUAUUGUUUGAAUGAAGGAAAAUGCCUGGAUCUACCAAAUGGAGCGGCGUGUGAUUGUAGUGGGACUAAUUUUAUUGGCAGAAGAUGUGAAACAAGUUCCUCAUUCAAUUUCAAUUUGGUUUUCAACGGAAUGAGUUAUACCCCGGACAUCGUCACCGGGCUAUUUUCAAAUUUAAUAAUAGCUCAAUUCACAGUUUGCUCAUUUAUACAAUAUAAUCAUCCAACAAUUGACUCAAAUCCAUCACCUGCGGAUGAGAUACUACCACCGUGGCUCUCUAUACGUGGUUACGGUAGCAAUUCACAGCAGAUUGUUUUCGAUAACAAUGGCUUCUUCAUCUGUGAUGUUGGAAGACAAUGUAAUCGGAGCGUGCAGAAUAAUUUUAAGACAACUCCAAUUACUGCUAAUACGUGGCAUCAUUUCUGUCUUGUAAGUCCAGCAAAUGCUAUAAGUCCCAGUUACACUGUUUAUUUGGAUGGUCUCUUGGUUUGGGAACAAUAUGCAGAAACUUUCAAUCCUGGUGAGUAUGCACAUCUCCUACUUGCUCCAGCUGACUUGACACCUUCUCGGUUUGUUGGAAUGAUAUCAAUGACUCAAUUGUUCAUUGUUCGUCUGACUGAGGCCCAAAUUGGACAACUUGCUUUUGAUUGUUACGAUACAAUUCUCAAUGGGACCAAUGACAUCACUCGUAACCCAUUCAUCAAUUGGAACGGAAAUUUCACACGUGUUUCUUCUUCAAAUCCUGGAGUAUAUUUAGAUCCUUCUGGAAUAUGUAGCAGUGUGAAAUGUAUGUUCGGGAGACAGGCAAAGGCCAACAAUUACAAUUCAACAGGAUCUUGUGACAAGGAUCGUCUUCCACCAACAGUUCUCCGAUGCCCAAAAAACAUUCGCAAAGGUACAACAGAAGACUUUACAAAAGUUGAAUGGCCCGAUGAGGAUGUUGCAUUUUUUGAUAACAUUGGAGUUAUCAGAAUUGAAGUCAAUUAUCAUAAUGGACAGCAGUUUGGAGUUGGAAUCACCACAGUUCGUUAUGUUGGUUUUGAUGCUGCUGGAAAUUCUGCAGAGUGUACAUUUGAUGUCACGAUAUAUCAAAAAUCGUGUCCAUCUCAAGUUUAUGCAGAGGGCGGAACUGUGUUAGCAAUGCAAUUCACCACUGCACCAUUUACAGCAAAAGCUGAGAAAGUUAAAUGUGAUGAUAAUUUAUAUCCAACUGAUAGUCGACCAAUGUUUUAUGUUUGCGAUAUUAUGGGAGACUACCAAUACGGAGGGUGGUCUGAUAACACAAAACAAAUUUAUUAUCUUCCUGCUUGUGGUCAAACUUCUCCAGCAGUUCAGGCAAUCAAUGGAACCGUCGUUGGAAGUGGGCAAUGUCAACAAAUUCACCAACGGCUUCGAGAUGUGAUCUGGGCGUCAGCUGACUGUGACCGAAUAUUAUCUUGCCGUUUAAUGAUCUACCCGUCAUGCGACGAAAUAGAUGGUCGAGUAUCGAUUGCAGAUGAAUUAAGCAAUAUUGCACUACAGUACACCUUCUCCACCAAAAACGCGACAGAAACUAUUGACACUACAGUUUUGCAUAACCUUCAGACAAAUUUUACAUACAUUCGUCAGGAUUCAACAGUUGACUGUGAUCCUUCUUAUCCAAUUCAUGACACUAACGGAAAUGUUACAAUUUGUGUAAAAUGUCCAGAAGGAACCUUUGCUAAUAAAGAAUCGAAUAAAUGCAUCGACUGUCCAAUAAAUACAUAUAGGAAUUCCACAAAUCUUGAUCAAUUAAAAUGUACCGCUUGUCCUGGGACAACAGUGACUGGUGACGUAACCGGAGCUGUCGACGAAUCGCAAUGUUAUGUCAACUGCCCAAUUGGACAAUUUGAAUCAAAAGGUUUAUGCAAUCCAUGUCCAGAAGGUACAUUUGGACCAACUACAGGUCUUCGUAAAUGCAUUUGCUGUGGAUUUGAUUUAUCUACUUUUGGGGAAGGAAAAACGAACCUGGCUGAUUGCACGAAAACAUGCGAAGCAGGUCAGGAAAUGAUUCGAGAAGAUGGGAAUUCAAUUCCAUUCUGUCGAGAAUGCACGUUUGGAUUCUAUAAAACGGGAGUUCGAGGUCCUUGUAUUCAAUGCCCACGUGGAUUGACUACUACUUCUCAAGCUUCUACGUCUAUAAAUAGCUGUGAUACCAUCAAUUGCAUUGAUGCCAAUACUAUGAUUAACAAAAACGUGACAGUUGGACCAAGCACACCAUAUAGUGAAAUUUGUAUUGCGUGUGAGCAGGGAACUUUUCAGAAUGUCUCCAAUUCUGAUUCUUGUAUUCCGUGUUCUGAUCUAUCAGAAAAUGCAACUUCUAUACCUGUUACAUGUCAAUCCACAUGUUCGGAUGCAAUUCCAACUGCUGGAUGUAAUUGUCAGUUACAGCAAAAUGGAAAGAGUUCAAUGAUUACCAGAAACUGUUUGCCGGAAGUGACACCUGUUCCGGGAAACUCGAAUGCAAUUAAAAUUGUUCUUGGAGUUGUGUUUGGAGUUUUACUUCUUAUAAUUAUUGUAGUAUUGGUAUGCUUCAGAAAACAAAUUAUCGCAUGGUUCCGGAAAACUGACACAAGUGACAAUCAACACGUGGCAUUAUCUCAUUGGGAUAAUGCAACAAAUAGAAAUGAGGAAGAGAAUCAAAACCCCACUUCCACAAAUACUUAUCCACGUAUACCACCUCAAGCUCCGAUUCCUCAUCCGAAUCUGAGAAUAGUGACGUCACGGGCUGAAAUGGAUCAGCUUCCACCGCUUCCGACUGCUUCAACGGCAUCAUUCCACGUGGAUUCAGCAUAUAAAAGUGAUGGGUUUGGAAGUGGAUUUGGAACGUCUUCUGGAAUGAGACAUUUGGGAACCGGAAUAUCAACAGUACAUCCAACAAUUUUUUCAUCAAAUGACAUUGCCUUUGAAGCUAAUGGAUCACCGAUAAUCCUUCGAUCAAGUAAUACACCUAGGAAAGAAUCAAGUGAUGAUAGUAGUUUGGAUUCCUUCUUUUAAUUUUUCAAAACCAUGUGCCAACUUCUACGGGAACUUCAACUUUUUAAAGCUAAUUUAUACAUUUCCAUGAGUUUAUUUUUCAUUUAUUGUCAAACAUAAACUGUGCAUUUUUUGAAAAUGUAUUUUGCUAAAUUGACAUGGGGAUUUGUGAGAUGUUUAUUCAAUUUUUAUUAAUUUUCAUCUACUAUUUUUCACAGACUAUUGGACUCGGUGUAGUAGAGAGAUUUUUCCUUUUGAAAAAUGUGUUUGUUUGAAUUAAUACCAAACGGCUUCAGAUAUUGGUGAAACUAAUGAUGUAUUUGUAAUGUCCCUUUCAAGUGCACUCUGUGUGAGUGCUUAAAAAAUAAAAUUUGAAAAGUUAA